GCUUGUAAAAUUUGCCCCUAAUCACUGAACAAUCGCGGGAUUUUUAUGAUUUGCAGAAGAAUUCAGCUUCGCCCAUACCCGGAGCCAGAGGUGUCAAAGGAUAGUCAGUACAAAAACCCGCAGAGUUGUUGGCAUAUAUAGAGGAAUGACAUCAUUGGCUCAACCUCUUAUUAAAAUACAAACUUUCACUUUUGGGAGGGCUCAUCCUAGUAGCCUGGGAUUAUUAAAAUCAGGAAAAGUAUUCCAGGAACUCACAUUUCCUCGCAUUUACAAGAAGCAAUCCUGCAUAUGCUGCACAAAGUUGACUCCAUGGGAACCAUCACCUGUUACAUAUGCUCCUACUGAUGAUCAGGGUGAUAAAUUCUUGCAGACUGGCACCAAUAUAUUCGACACCCUUGAUUCUAGCAAAAGCAAUGAGCCAGCAAUGAACAAUGCUGAUGCGCCUGUAGAGACAAAAUUUGAGCCAGAUGUUUUGUUUCAGUUUCUCAAAUGGCCCAUGUGGAUUCUAGGCCCUUCCGUUCUUCUCACGACAGGCAUGGUUCCAACGUUGUGGUUACCAAUAUCUUCAAUCUUUGUUGGCUCUAAUAUAGCUAGCUUGCUUUCAUUGAUUGGACUUGAUUGUAUCUUUAACCUUGGCGCGACCCUUUUUCUCCUUAUGGCUGAUGCUUGUGCACGACCAAAGUCCCCAACAGAAGAUUGCAAAAGCAAGGCCCCCUUUAGUUACCAGUUCUGGAACAUCGUUGCAACUGUUACCGGAUUUGUUGUUCCACUAUUGAUGAUAUUUGGGUCCGAGAAGGGUUUUCUCCAGCCCCAACUUCCUUCGAUCUCUUUUGCAAUCCUACUUGGUCCUUACCUUCUUCUUUUGUCAGUACAAAUUCUCACUGAGGUUCUCACUUGGCAAUGGCAGUCGCCAGUCUGGCUAGUAACCCCGAUCAUUUACGGGUCUUACCGGGUCUUGCAGCUGAUGAGAGGUUUGAGACUUGGGGCCGAACUCAGCACCCCAGCAUGGAUGGUGCAUACAAUUAGGGGGUUGGUUUGCUGGUGGGUAUUGAUUCUCGGUUUGCAGAUCAUGAGGGUUGCUUGGUUUGCUGGAGUAACUGCCCGAGCUCGUCGUCAGCAGUCUUCUCCACCCGCUACUUCUGUUGCUGCAGUUAGUGAAUAAAAUGAUGACUUCUUGCAGAUUUACUUUAUGGUGUCGUCCUAUUUACAGGAGCAUACUCAUGCUCUAUCUGUAUAUACAAUGUGAAUUGGUCCGGAAGUUGUCUCCAUGCUCUGCUUCUUGAUAUGCUAAUAAUAUCAAUACAUGUAUCUUCAGUCUGUCGGCCAGACAAAGACUUGGUUGGUGAUCCGGUUUUAUACCCCAGGAAUCAGGAUAUCAAAUUGCGUGUUGCACACUU